AUGGACGAAGAAGGGCAAGCUGCCCAGCCAAAUGUUGGUUUUAAUCUGUCGUUCAUGGGACAUAUAGAAGAAUAUUCGUCGAAUAAUGACUGGAAGCAAUACGUCGAACGGCUUGAAAUAUUUUUCGAAGUGAACAAUGUACCUACGGAGAAACAAGCAUCGAGCAUACUUACCUUAAUGGGUAGUAAGAUGUAUGCUUUGCUCAGAUCUAUUACAGCACCGAGAAGACCGAAAGAACUAACGUAUCAAGAAAUUGUAGAGACGUUGACUCAACAUUUGGAGCCAAAACCGAUCGUUAUUGCCGAGCGAUACAAGUUCCACAAGGCUGAACAAGAACAGUCUGAAUCGAUAAGGGAUUAUCUCGCUAAAUUACAGAGACUAGCUGAAACUUGUGAAUUUGGUGGCUAUCGAGACGAAGCGAUUCGAGACCGAUUUGUGUGUGGAUUACGAAACCGGGUGAUUCAACGCAAGCUACUAGGUGAAGCGGAAUUGACUUUAAAGUUAGCCGUGGAAAAAGCUUGCGCAGCGGAACUAACGGACAGAGAAACUUCAGCCUUGCAUGGAGAAUCGUUGCACCGACUAGAGACCGUAUUACCCGAGUGUUUUCGUUGUGGCAAGAAGAAUCACGUUCCGGACAAGUGCUUCUUUCGAAAGUCGAAAUGUCAUGGUUGUCAAAAUUAUGGACAUAUAAUUAAGAAAUGUCCCGAGAGAUCUGGCAACAAUAACUGGAAGAAAACAAGAUCUGGAAAGUCGAAAGGGAAGGAUGAAAAGAGGAAAAAAAAGAAACCGAGCGGAAUCCAUAACGUAAAGACAGAUAGCGACGUUGAAAGUGACCGGGAAAGCCAAGAAGAGGUUAUGGAUACAACAUGGCCGGUGUUUAUGUUGACUGAUUCGGGGAGAAAACAUACAGAGCUGAAAGUACUCGUAUCGAUUGAAGGAAAACCAGUAACGAUGGAAGUGGAUACGGGAGCUGCGGUGUCAAUUAUGCCAGAAAGCGUCUGGAGGAAAUUGUCGUCAACAAAACCAGUACGAAAGUCCAACGUUAAAUUGCGAAGUUAUUCCGGACACGAAAUUCCGGUGUUGGGUGAAAUUGAUGUGGGCGUGGUGUAUGGGAACCAAAAGGCUCAUCUACCUGUUAUAGUGACUAAUAAUGAAGGCCCUGUUCUAUUAGGUCGCAACUGGUUGUCGGUGUUAAAGCUGAAUUGGAGUCAAAUAAAGAAAGUUUCAAUUAAGCGGGUCAACAAUGUGGAGCAACUAACUAGUCAGUAUUCCUCGUUAUUUGAUGAUUCGUUGGGUACGGUCAAAGGAGUGAAGGCACAUUUGAAGAUGAAGCCAAACGCGACGCCCAAAUUUUUCAAACCCAGACCUGUUCCAUUUGCUCUGAAAGACAAAAUCGGCGAGGAACUAAACCGGUUGGAGGAACUCGGGGUGUUGGAAAAGGUCGAGUUCUCCGAGUGGGCAACUCCAAUCGUGCCUGUAUUGAAACCAGAUGGAAGUGUACGGAUAUGUGGGGAUUAUAAAGUCAGCAUUAAUCCAUGUCUUGAUGUGCAAGAAUAUCCAAUGCCUACUGCUGAGGAAUUAUUUACAAAACUAAACGGGGGCGAGAAAUUCUCGAAGAUUGAUCUAUCAUCUGCGUAUCAACAAGUUCUUUUGGAUGACGAGUCAAAGCCAUAUGUUACGAUUAACACUCAUUUGGGGCUAUAUCGGUACACGAGAUUGCCUUUUGGAGUAGCCUCAAGCCCAGCCAUUUUCCAAAAGACUAUGGACGUGGUGUUGAAUGGUCUACAAGGAGUUGGAGGUAUUCUUGAUGAUUUGAUCAUUACGGGCAAGAAUGAUGAGGAACAUUUGCGAAAUCUCGACAGCACUCUUAAUCGUCUUCAGAGUAUGGGAAUUCAGCUGAAGAAAUCGAAGUGUGUGUUCCUGCAACCCUCAGUGGAGUAUUUUGCAUUUGUGGUGGAUCGACAAGGAAUCCAUCCUUCGCCUCGUAAAGUUCAAGCCAUUCGGGAAGUUCCAAUUCCAGAAAAUCCAACAGAUUUAAAGUCAUUCUUAGGUUUAGUGAACUAUUAUCGCAAGUUCAUUCCGGAUAUGGCAACUUUGGUAAAUCCUCUUAAUCGGUUGCUAUCCCAAGAUGUUCCUUGGAACUGGUCCGACGACUGUCAGAAGGCAUUUGAAACUUUAAAGUCAGCUUUGGAGAAGUCACCAUUGUUAACGCAUUACGACCCCAAGAAAUCCGUGAGACUAGCUGCUGAUGCAUCGUCCUGUGGAAUAGGAGCUGUACUAUCGCAUGUAUCUGAUGAUGGAGAAGAACAACCAAUAGCUUAUGCGUCUCGAACACUCUCCGCUAGUGAACAAAAUUAUUCCAUGAUCGAAAAAGAGGCCUUGGCAAUAAUUUUUGGAUUGAAGAAGUUUCACCAGUACCUAUAUGGACGGCGUUUUUCGUUAAUAACUGAUCACAAGCCUCUCACGUUGAUUCUGGGACCUAAACGUGGUGUUCCUGUGUUAGCAGUAUCACGUCUGCAGAGAUGGGCGAUUCAACUUGGGGCGUAUCAAUAUGAUAUCGAAUAUCGAACUUCCAAGAAUAAUGCUAAUGCUGAUGCGUUGUCCCGGUUGCCGAGGAAAGUUGUGGAAGAGCCAGAUGGGUGGACUUCAGAAGCUGAAGAAGUAAAUCGAGUUCAACUGGAACGGGCACCGAUUUCGGUUUGUAUGAUCCGAGAAGCUACGCAAAAAGAUCCUGUUUUGUCUCGCGUGGUUUAUUUCUUGUUGCAUGGUUGGCCAGAGGAAGGUAGUUUGCAUGAGGAACUUCGAUUUUACUUCACCAAGCAAGACGAAUUUACUGUAGAAGAAGGCUGUCUUCUUAGAGGAACCAGAGUGGUGAUUCCAACUAGAUAUCAAGAGCAAGUGUUGAUGGAGUUACAUAUGAAUCAUCCAGGAAUGGUGCGAAUGAAAUCUUUGGCACGUUUACAUGUGUGGUGGUCAACAUUGGAUCAAGACAUUGAACAGACUGUCAGAGAUUGCACCAGUUGUCAAGCUAACCGUUGUAAGUCCCCCUUGAAAGUGAGUAAUCCUUGGAUUUGGCCAGUGCGUCCAUGGCAAAGAAUUCAUAUAGACUUUGCGGGUCCACUGGAUGGUGUGAUGUAUUUGGUGGUGGUAGAUGCCAAGUCUAAAUGGAUUGAAGUCCUAUCAAUGUCAUCAACUACCGCUGCUGCCACGGUUCGAGCGUUACGUUUCCUGUUUUCAGUUCAUGGUCUACCCGAAGAGAUCGUGUCAGAUAAUGGUCCUCAAUUUGUGGCGGAAGAAAUGAAAGAGUUCUUAAAGUUGAAUGGAAUUCGACAACGUCGUUUAUCAUCGCCGUAUCAUCCAGCUUCAAAUGGUGAGGCAGAAAGAGCAGUCAGAACGUUUAAAGACGCCAUGAAGAUUCGUAAGAAGGAAGAGGGAUCUGCUGGGGAGAAAUUGGCACGUUUUCUGUUGGGAUAUCGCACGACUCCACACACUGCUACGGGUUGCACGCCAGCUGAAAUCCUGAUGGGUCGAAGACUCCGAACCAGAUUGGACAUUUUGCAUCCUAGUUUGUCUGCUAAGAUGGAGCGAAAAUCCAAAGAUUUACCACAAACUCCACCGCGUAACUUGGAAAUUGGAGAUCCAGUAAUGGUGAAAGACUAUCGACCACGAAAGGAUCCAUGGAUAAAAGGAGUAGUUCAAAUGAAGUUAAGUCCAAUUACUUAUAGAGUUCAGGUUGGUGAUCUGUUUUGGAAACGACAUGUGGAUCAAUUACGAAGUCUCGCCGGAUCAACUGCAGCUGAUGUUAUGUCACCACCAACUGCUUUAUCUUCAACGCCGGAAGUCAGUGUGGCAAGUAAUGGCAACCCAGGACAAACCAUUGAGGCGAGUUCCACUACCACCUUAAUCCCGAAAACAGACUCACUAUCUCCAGUUCCACUACCAACAUCAACGAAUACAGAAGAACCUAUUACUGGUAUUAUAAACGGUGGGGAAAAACUUUCAAGUACUCGCAGGUAUCCAAUUCGUAUUCGCACGAAUCCAAAACGUUUAAUCGAAGAAGUAUAA